AUGUUGAGAUCCCGAGAAACUCCACCUUUAAGAGGUUCUACAACACGUAUGGCGACAAGUUUGUCGAUUCCGUCAACAUUGGUGGUGAGUUCAUGGCUGUGUACAUUUUUUUAUACAAAAACAAAAGAGGAAAGAACCACCGUCGAGAACAGCCUCAGGGCCAAUGGCGUUUUUGCCGGAACCUUGUCUGUGAACUCCACGCUGAACACUGCCAUGAACAAGGUUCAGAAGGAGACCGAGAUGCAGUGGGAGUACCAAGAAAAGGUGAUCGGUGCUGACAUCACUGGGCCAGGCCCAGAGAACAUGGUGCAGUUCGCAUUGGAUUUUCAGGGCCGAGACCUUGACAGCCCCACAGUGAUUGAUCUUUCCUUGAAGUGCUACAACGAGGUCCCGGAGCUGGGCACAAGUGCCUUCAACCAGGUUUGCACAAAUCUGCGUGUGCUGCAGGACCUCUCUGACCGGUACAAUGAAUUGAGCCCCUCAGCAGACAUGGCCAGAAGCAUCCAAAAUACGUACAAGCGGUACUUCGGCAUCAGAAACCCCACGUUCACAGACACGACGUUGGACACAAACUUGGCCAAGCUAGAUGCCGACAUGGCAAGCAUAAGGGAAGCAUUCAACUCUUACAGGGGUGACCCCAUCAAGCCGGUGGUGCAGCCGCUGUUGCCGUCCCUGGAGCUUGGAAGCCCGUGCAUGUAUAUGGAGUGGAAGGCCAAUGACAUCAAGGGAACAAACCUUGGCACGAAUUACCAGGUGCCCGAAGAGACUCCAGUCGCAGCCAAGUAUGACCAAACCAGGAUGGAUUAUUUAGAUUUGUAUGCGGGCGGCGACACAGGAGGCGUCGUCCAUAAGCUCUGCACCACCUUCUCCAAAACCUCGGGCCGAGACGAAACAAGUUGCUUUGGCGGCGGAACCAAGAGCCCGAAAUCCUUUGAGAUUAGCUACUUGGACGGCAACGACAAGAUCACAGAGGUGAAAGCUUGGACGCUUGGAGGAAGCCCCCUCCAAAGGCUCGAGUUCUGGACCAAGGACGAGAUGGUCCUAGGUGGCGGCAGCAAAAGAGGUGUCGCGAAGAAGGAGAACGACUUCAAAAUCGAGAGCAAUUGCGUCCUCGUGGGCUUCAGAGGCAAAGCUGCCAACUCUGUCCAGUCCUUUGGCCCGAUCCAGUUUUGCUUCAGAGAGGCUGUGUGGGAUAGUUCAUGCUUGCUGAGCCUUUUGGAAGGCGCAACUUCUCCAUAA